CACAAUGGUUCAGAAAGUUUGGCGACGCAACUUUGCGGCUGGAUUCGGCCUUGAAAAGGCCCUGGAGGCGGCUCGCAGCUCCAGUGCUCCGGUUGCCAUCCAGUCUCCUCCUGGCGGAAGCUCCCCCGAAGAGCUUCAAGCUCUCACCGACGCAGACGUCGGCGGCCAAGGCUUCACCCUCUCCUCCUUCACCACCUCCGACGCCACUGAGCUCGGCAACCUGCUCUACGCGCGCCUCCUCCCCUACGCCAAAGCAGGCCGCUCAACGCUCAUCUCUAUCAGCAACGGCGCCGGCACGCAGACGCUGUACCAGGUCGCCACGGGACCCGGCGUCACGCCCGACAACGAGAGUUGGGUGCAGCGCAAGAGGACGGCCGUGCUGCGAUUCGGCGUGAGCUCGUGGUUCCUGGGCCAGAAGCACGCGGGCAACGAGGCCGUGUUUGCGGCCAAGUUUGGGCUGGGGCCGAGUGAGGCGGGGCAGUAUGCGAUUCAUGGGGGGGCGAUUCCGAUCCGGGUGGAUGGCGUGGAUGGGGUUGUUGGGGUGGUUGUUGUGAGUGGGUUGAAGCAGCAUGAGGAUCAUGGGGUGAUUGCCGAGGUGAUUCGGGAGAAUUGGGUGUGAGUUGGUAUGAGUUGAUGUACUUGAAGUCUGUAUGAAACAAAAUAUCCAAGAUUGAUCCUCAUUCAUA